CAUUCACCCGCUCCACUCCAGCAGGUGAUGACACGCAAACGCACCACUGUCCCUCACCCCCCACCGCCACCCGCCGCCGAAAAUGAAGCCUUAUAUUUAGUGUGAGUUUGGCGGGUCCUCACGGCAAUGGCGCCGCGAUACGCGUUUUGCCUUUUGGUUGUUCUGUUCUCCUCCGGGUGGAUGCGUGGCUCCUCAACUUCCACCACGCCGGAUGUGAGGUGCAGUCCCUCGGGUCAGGUGGCGCACAUCAGCGCACCCCCUCCGGAGCUCCUUGCGCAGGAUUUGGAGCAUUUUGGCGCGCUUCCAGUCGGACACUUUGUUGGAUUAACGAGCAAGGAAGCCGCCGUCAAAGAAGAAGCGGUGGGAGAAAGUUCGGCCGAGUGGGAAGGUCGCCCAAAACUUUCCCUCCGCGACAGCAACAACGAUGUGGAGGGCGAAGAAAACGAGGUGGACUCGACCGAGGAUGGGACUAUUUGGACCCGGAGGAGGAAGAGGAGGGAUGCAGAGACUUGGUCUGAUUUGGGAAGCGAGGGCGCUCAAGAAGCUUCCGAACAGGAGGGGGUCCAGCUGGCCAGCUCCACGUUUGCCCUGGCCGGGGACACCGCGCACAACCAGGCUAUGGUGCACUGGUCCGGGCAGAACAGCAGCGUCAUCCUCAUGCUGACCAAAUACUACGACUUCAGCGCGGGCAGAGUGACGGAAAGUUCUCUGUGGAGAUCCACUGAUUACGGGAGCACCUACGAGAAACUUAAUGAGAAAGUGGGGCCCAAAACCAUCCUGAGCUACCUCUACGUGAGCCCCAACAACAAGCGCAAGAUCAUGCUCCUGACCGACCCGGAGGUGGAGAGCAGCCUGCUCAUUAGCCUUGACGAGGGGGCGUCCUAUCAGAAACACAGCUUAGCCUUUGAUAUCCUCAGCCUUCUUUUUCACCCCGAGCAGGAGGACUGGAUCCUGGCUUACAGCCACGACCAAAAGCUUUACGUCUCUGUCGAAUUUGGGAGGAGGUGGCAGCUUGUGCACGACGGCGUCGUCCCCAACAGAUUCUAUUGGUCCAGGCUGGGUUUGGACAAAGAACAAGGAAUGAUUCACCUGGAGAUCAGCGUCUCUGAUGGACGGUCACAGUACAUCACUUGCAAACUUCAGAACUGCUCGGAGGGAAGCAAGGGCAAGCCUUUCCCGGGGUUUAUCAUCCCCAACUCCCUGGUGGUUCAAGAUGAAUACGUUUUCAUCCAGGUGCCGAUCGGAGGACAAUCUGUCCAUUACGUGUCCUACAGAAGACACGCCUUCUACCCCGUGAAGCUUCCAAAGUACACCCUGCCAAAGGACUUGCAGAUCAUCAGCACCGACGAUAACCAGGUGGUGGCUGCCAUUCAAGACUGGCACCAGAAUGACUCGUACAACCUGUACAUGUCCGAGUCGAGGGGUCUGUUCUUCACGCUGAUGCUGGACGACGUGGUGAGCAGCGGAGGACCUGAAGGCAACAUCAUGAUUGACCUUUAUGAGGUUGCCGGGAUUAAAGGCGUGUUCCUGUCAAAUAAAGUUGUUGAGAACCAAGUGAAAACUUAUAUUACGUACAACAAAGGCAGAGACUGGCGGCUUCUGCGGGCCCCGCUGACGGAUCUCCAGGGAAAGAAGGUGGAUUGCGAGCAACCGUACUGCUCGUUACAUUUGCACCUGCACGUGUCGGAGAAUCCUUACACCUCUGGAAACAUCGUCAGCAAAGAUACGGCGCCGGGAGUUAUCAUCGCAUCAGGUGUGGUCGGACCUGAGCUGACCACCACUAAUGUCAGCAUCUUCAUCACAUCUGAUGCCGGCAACACUUGGAAAGAGGUUUUCCAAGAAGAGUACAGCGUUUUUUUCCUGAAUCAAGGAGGUUCUCUGGUGGCCAUCCGACACACACCUCUGCCUAUUAGACACAUUUGGCUGAGUUUCGAUGAGGGCAGAAACUGGGACAAAUUUAGCUUCACCUCGUCACCGCUGUACGUGGACGGGGUCCUGGGGGAGCCGGGAGAGGACACCCUCAUCAUGACAAUCUUUGGUCACUUCAGCCACCGAUCUGAGUGGCAACUUGUCAAAAUCGACUUCCGCUCAAUUUUCCAACGGCGCUGCACGUCUGACGAUUAUGUAACAUGGCAGUUACACAAUGAGGGAGAAGUGUGCAUCAUGGGGAUGAAGAGGAUCUUCCAGAAACUGAGAGUAAACGCUCGAUGUGUCAAGGCCAGAGAUCAGUACAUCUCUCAGAUGUCUGACUCGUGUCCGUGCACAGAGGCUGACUUUGAGUGCGAUUAUGGAUUCGAGAGGCAGGCCGAUGGGAGCUGCACUCCGGCUUUCUGGUUUGUUCCGUCGGCCACAUCCAGAGAUUGCAUCAACGGGGACAGCUUCCUCAAUUCCACAGGAUAUCGCAAGGCUUUGUCUAACAACUGCACAGAUGGCAGUCUAUUAAAGUACAGCCCCAAGCGGCAGAAGUGUCCCAGCCAGGUUCCCAGAGGCCUCCAGCUUUUAACCAGCGAGGGAACACUGGUGGCCACUCUGCACAAGAACGUCACUUUCUUGGUCUUUCUGGAGGAGGGGCUCAGCUCUACCACCAGCAUCACGGUGGACUUUGGAGACGGGACCGCUAUAUCCUACGUGAACAUCAGCUCCAUAGAAGACGGGAUCAGGCACGUGUACGGCAAAGUGGGCAUCUAUCAAGUGUCUGCCAUAGCAAGCAACAUUCUGGGCUUUGACAGGGUGACGCUGUACCUCCAUGUCACAUGUCAACUGGAGCAGGUGCAGCUCUCGGCGCCGUCGGUGGUCGUCAAGAACAAAGCAGUGAACUUCACCACGACGCUGCGGCCCAGCAACGUGGGAACGGUCGCGUACUACUGGUGGAUUGACAACAAAACAGAGCCCACCAUGAGUCUGGAUGGCGGGAUGUCCUUCACCUUCUCCGAGGAGGGAAGUCACAUGGUUACCGUCCAGGCUUCCGUAGGGAACACGGUGCAUCAGGACCAAAUGACUCUGGCAGUUUAUGAUUAUUUCAAGUCACAAAUGUUGGCCUUUUCGUCUAAUCUGGACGAGGCGAAUCCCGGGCUGCCCGAGUGGCGAGAGGACAUCGGUCAGGUGGUGAAGCGCUCCGUCAUUCAGGUCACUGGGAUCAGUGAGGAUCAGCUGCUGGUCACCGUACUUCCUGGUCUGCCAACCACUGCUGAGAUCUUUAUCGUGCCCGACAGGAGGGCGAGGGGCGGGACCAUGAAGGGAAAGAGGGCGCAUGCAGAGCAGGAAGAUCCCGGGCCUCAACACGUACACCACGGAGCAGCCGGACAAAGAACAAGAGGUGGUUCCUACGGUGACCUCCAUCGCUGACACAAAGCCUGACGGGGACAAGCUGGCCUCGGUGGAUUGUGUGGACGUCCAGCUGGAUUCUAAGAGCAAAGGUCUGCUUCUUCCUUUCAGCACAUUGCCAACAUGAGCGCUCCAAACAUGCACGUUGAAGUCAAAAGACGCACUCGAGUGACUUGUUAUCAACGUGAUUAAUACGAGCUGACAAGAAACAAAACACCCGACUGUCUUCAAGCGCCGUUCUCCUGCACGCUUAACGACGCCUCGCUUUCUCUCAUCUCCUAUUAAUGGCUGGCAUGCAAAAGGUAACCUUUAAAUCAACACACAAGCUGUUCAUUCAUGCUUAAGGAACGGUAAUAUCCCCAGUCUGGGACGUUUCAAAAGCUAACUUCAAGAAAGACAAAAAGCUUUUUCCUAAUUCCAGCUCAAUAAAAAGUAAAAUCCAAUAACAAAAGGCACCGCUUGGGAAAGUGGAAUCCACCCAAAAACGCUUGACACGUCAUCACAUCUGAACCACUCCACUAUGGAAAUGACUUUAUGUGUUGGAGGGGUCACAUGCGAACGUUAAACAGCACAGAGCAGAGGUGUCCGAAGUGCAACCCGGGGGCCGUUAACGAUUAACUCAUUCAAAAUAACAAAGUAUUUAUACGAUUUUUUGCGCAAGAAGCAAAAAGAGCGAUGACGCAACUGCACACUAAUAGAAAUCAUCACUGCAGUUUUAAGCCUUAGAAACGCCCACGAGGUGGCAGAGACGUGCAUUUGAUCAGCAAGGCAGAAGGUGACGCAUUGUCAACACGCACGGUUUAGCUCCAAAUGUGAAAAUUGUAAAUAGUUGACGGCGUUAUAUUUGCAGAUAAAUUGUUCAUUUGGUGGGAAUAAACCCCUUUUUUGUGUUGUUUAUGUUGGUAUAGUUGUUUGGGUAUUUCAGCUGUCACAAAAGCAAAAAAAAUAUUUGUGUCAAAGUGAAAGUUAUGCUUGAAAUGUAUCUUUUCACAAAAAGCCGCUUUUCUCCCUUUUUAGUCAGGAACUGAUAUUUUCCUGAAACUUACCUAUGUUCUACUGCUGAUUACUAAAGAGCGCAAAACGGUAGAAACAAACUUUUUUUUCUGAUGAAAGACAGGAGUGUAAUGUUUGUUUUGUAGGUUCCAUUUUUAUAUAACCAUACAACACAAUAUUCUGUGUGCCUUGAAAGAUAAGUCAAAAUGGUGUAAAAUGGCCGCUACUGAAGGGGUUGGCUUUUAAGACACGGCUGGGAUUGAAUGAAAAAAAAAAACCAAUACAAAUGGAAAAAAGAGCAGUAAUUUUUACAAGAAUAAAGACGAAAUAUUAAGAGACUAAAGUCAUCAUAUUAAGUGAAGAAAGUGGUGAAAAAUUAAACAAAAAAAGUUGUAAUAUUACAAACAAAACAACACAAAACGAAUACUAAAGGUGGCAUUUUUUUUUAGGUUGGGAAAAAGUUAAUAAUAAAGUCUAAAUAUUAUGAGAAAAAAAAUUAAAAAUGUUUUUUUUAAAACAGCAAAAAAGUGAAAGGAGAAAACAGUCAUACGCUUUGGCACUGAUAACACAGCUGACAUGCGGCUGUUUUUUUUUCUUUAAAUAUAAUACAAGAUGUAGAAUAUACACUAGGUCCCCAACUAAUGAACACAAUUGGUUCCAGACGACCGUUCGCAAGUCGAUUUGUUCGUAAGUCCAACAAAGGUAAUAUUAGCAAUGAUAUAGGUACUACAUGUACGUGUAUACAUACACAGUAUAUGUGUAUGUAUGUAAAUAUGAGUUUGGAUGCAGUAGUAAUAUUAAACCAGGAUAAUGAAUGAAAAAAACAAUAAUAAAAGUGAUAUAAUAAUACGUAAUGAUAAAUGUUAUUUACCUUUGAAGAGGAGUGGUCGAGCAUACGUCGUUGUGGUGGAGGAGGAGGAGAUAUUGAAAAAAAGGACAAAUGGCGGUGGUGGUUAGACUCUUCUAAAAGAGGUAGUGUUCUGUGGGUGGUGUAGAAUUAAGCAGGCCUAUUAACUCUUCAUCAACUUUAUUCACACGCUCUGUCCGGGUUGUAUCAUACAGCUACAACUUAGCUUUUCAUUUCUCCUUUACACUCUCUCCCCACCUUCUUCCUCUACCUGUUGGUCCCAUUAGCAGUGUCACAGUGCCCUCUACUGGUCAAGCAUGUACAGUAGCAGUAGAAAUAUGGAGUUACUACAAGGCAAAAUACAUGAAAAUAUAAACCAGUCAGCUUGCGUUCGUAUUUCCGAAUGUAUGCAAGUCGGAUGUUUGUAAGUUGGGGACCUAGUGUAUUAUAUCAACAUGGCUUGGUUUAAAUAAAUGUAAAAGUGGACCCCUCUUUUUUUUAUUUUUCAGUAUGCGCCCCUCGGUGGAAAAAGUUUGGACACCCCUGUUCUAGAAGUACCUUUAAACAAGAAAACAAAAAAAUAGCCCAAAAGGAAAAAUUUUUAAAAAAGCAGUAAUUUCACAAGAAUAAAGUAAAAAUAUAAAGAGAGUAAAGUCAUAAUAUUCAGUGAAACUUUUUUUUUAAUUAAAGGAAAGUAGAAACAAACAAAAGAAAGAAUAAAGUAGCAAUUUUUGGAAAAUUUGGUUGGGAAAAAGUUCUGAUAAUAAAGUCAAAAUAUUAGGAGAAUAAACUCAAAAUAUUAGGAGAAAAAAAUGUACAUUUUUCCUUUAAAAAAACAGUAUAAAAGUGUAAGUUCAUGCUAAAAAUACACUUCGUUGCUGAUAACACAGAGCUGAGAUGCAGGCUGUUUUUUUAAUCUUUAAAUAUAAAAGAACAUCUCAGCAUACCCACAUGGUUUAAAUAAAUGUACUGUUCGGAAAGUAUGACUGAACAAGAAAACUAAAAAACAGCAAAAAUUGAAAAAAGAGCAGAAUUUUGCAAGAAUAAAGACAAAAUAUGAAGAGAGUAACAAGUGUAAACUAUUGCCAUGUUUUAAAGUCACUUUUCAACAUUUAAAUAUUCUAUACAGGUGUAAAAAGAAGUUAACCUCAGUUGCUAUUAAAAUCUAUUAAACUCUUAAAUGUGGAACCAUUCAUGACAGAAUGUGUUUCCCAACUUGAACAUUGAAGUGUAAAAAGAAGUUAACCGGCAUAAAACACAAGCCACAAAGUCUUACUGCUGUGAAUGCGAGCCAGUUUACUUGACGUAACAUCAAAACGCAGGUGCUUUCCUCCCGAGGGUGUUGGUUGAAUUCCAAAUUGUUCAACUUUGGAGUCUCCGCUGUCGUCAGAGGUUGUUGUUGUUACUUCCCGCUGCAGAUAUGAUGUGUUUUAUGUGUUUGCCCACAUCGGCGUUCACAGGUAAAGUGAUGCAAAAGCGGGAGAGUGUCGGCCUGAGUUAUGCGGCCCAAUAAAAUAAUUAGCGCGGCGAAGGAGGUGAAAGCAUUUUCAUCAAGGGACCAUCCUCGCGGACGCACUUGAUUUACUCCUCCUUGCCGCAGCUUAACAGUUGACCCAUCCAAGAUAAAUGUGUUUGGCUGCACACACACACACACACACACACACACACACACACACGAGCGUCUAAUGUAAAUAGGAGCAUAAACCUCCUCCUGUCUCUUUCCUCUCCUGUCCCCGGCCAGGCUACCUGCCAUCGUCGCACACAGACAUCAAGCUGUCUGAUGAAGCGCCCCAUGUGUUUUAAUGCAGAGCGUCUUGCGGGCCACGCCGAAGCAAUACAUCUUCCCUGGCAGUUAUGAAGGCACGGUCACAAUGAAUGCUCUCGAGUGUUUUUUGCUACCCAUGCAUGGAUGGACCAGCUCACACUGUGCCGCCUAAUCCCUCCGAGGAGACUGUACAGAUUUAUACUCGCCCCCACUCUCCACGAAUGGGACUCCUUUUUGACUUGGAGAUACUUGUAUUUUUGCAAGGACCUUGAUCUUUUGAUGUAAAUAUUGUACAUCACCCGUAAUGGAAGAAGAAUAGCUGAAGGAUGCAACCGACGGAGGUGUAGAAGUAUCUUUUUUGUGUGUGUUUUCUCCAAGCAGCUUAUCCAAAGACAGUGAGAGGCAGCGGGUUCAUUAAGCUCAGCACAAUCAGGAAAUCUCAUCGCAAGAUUGUCAUCAAAUGACGGCUGGCAACAUCCAGGGGAGGAAGGAUGGCCGCCACUUCCGCAUCUGUGCGCUCCAUCAAGGCUCAGAUGUCUCUACACGUCAUAACAAAGAUUAAAAGUGUCUCUGCGCUGGGAUAUGAGACAGCUGUCUUGCCUUGGCGGAGCUGUUCAAACUAAACAUGACAAAAGACACGUUUGUGUUGCACAAUUGGAACCUUUCAAACCUUUUUGUCAAAAUAAUGUAUUUCCUCAAAUAGUGGGCAAGGGCAUCUACUGUAUAUAUACAGUGUUCCCUCGUUUAUCGCAUGGGAUAGGGUCCCAAAAUAGCCCACAAUAAGUGAAAUCUGCAAAGUAGCCAGCUUUGUUUCCAAUGAUUAAAUAUGUUUUAAGGCUGUGAAAGCCUUCACAUAUACAACACAGGCAUGAACAUUUUCUCACAUUUCUCUCUUGUUUAAACACUCUCAAAAAGUUCACAUUUUGUUUGAACUUAAUCAUCAACCUACUAGGUUGGACACAAGAAGUUAUUAAGACACUCACACGUUUCACUCCUCUGACCGUGCCUCUUCAUCCUGGCGCCGCUCUGCUGUACUGUGGCGUUUUUGUAUCCUUGUUAAAACAUAUUACUCCUGUCGUGGUAUUUUACUCCUCCUCACACCUCCGAACAUUCAUUUAUUCCGUAAUGGAGCUCUACGGCCGCAAUGUCUACCUUCCUUCAGCAUGUUGUCCACAAGCCACCUUCGAAAGCACAGAACUACAACACUCAACUUCCCACAAUGCUUCUUAAAGGGCCAGGCUCGGCCUGUAAAACAAAAAAGAAGCACUAAAAUUGCACAAAAAAAAUCAGAGAAACAGCGAGUCUGCAAAAGGUGAACCACAAUGAAACGAGGGAACACUGUACCCUAAUAAAAAAAAAGUAAAAACUGACUUUUAAAGAGAAAUACAGAGAAACAACCAAAGCAAACUGGCCAUUCAACAUUGUGGAGUGACCGCCUGUCCAUGUCUACUGGUAAUUUCAAAUUUAUGUCAAGUGAAACUCGAGUUUAAAACACAAUAAAUAGGACUAUCAUGGAGUAAUACCGAGAAAUAAUAAGGCCCGUAAGCCUCCAGAACAUAAACAUGGACACACACCACAAUGUGGAGUGACUACCUGUGAAAGUCUACUGGUGUAUUCAAAUUUAUGUCAAGUAAAUUGGAGUUUAAAACUGAGAAAAUAGGACUACGAUGGAGCAAUGCAGAGAAAUGAUAGGGCAAGCUUCCAGAAGAUAAACAUGGACGCACACAAGGUUGUGGAGUGACCAUCUGUCAAAGUCUACUGGAGUAACAAAUUUAUGUCAAAGGAAACUGGAGUUUAAAAUGGAAAAAAAUGGAACUAUCAUGGAGAGUGCAGAGAAAUGAUAGGGUGUGUAAGUCUCCAGAACAUAAACAUGGACGCACACUACAUUGUGGAGUGACUUCCUGUCAAAAUCUACUGAUAUAUUCAAAUGUAUGUCAAGUGAAACUGGAGUUUAAAACUGAGUAAAUAGGAAUAUCUUCAGCAAUGCAGAAAAUGACAAGGCACGAAAGUCGCCAGAACAUAAACAUGGAUGCACACAACAUUGUGGAGUGACCGCCUGGCUAAGUCUAGUGGUAUAUUCAAAUUUAUGUCACGUGAAACUGGAAUAAAUAGGAAUAUCAUAGAGAAAUGAUAAGGCGACAUUCACACAACAUUGUGAUGCGACCACUUGUCAGUCUACUGGAAUUAAAACAAAUGCAUUUUUGAAAUAAUAUUAAGCAAUAUUUCUCAUAUAAUACAAUUUUAAAGUGGACUUGAAAUAAGAAUGAAAAGAACUAUCACAAAGAAAUGAUAUGGCUUGUAGUUCCCCAGAACAUAAACAUGGACGGACACAACAUUGUCAAGCGGCCACCUGUCAACCUCUACCGGUUUAUUACAGUUUAUGUCAAGUGAAACUGAAGUCUAAACAAAAGAAAAAGGACUGUCAUGAAAAAUGCAAAGAAACAAGCAGCCCCAGAACACACCCCAGGUAUGGACACAACAUUGUGGAGAGACCACUUGUCAAAGUCAUAUACAUUACAUAAUAUUACACUUCAUGUCAAGUGAAACUGAUGAAUAAAAUGAAAUAAAAAUGACUGUUAUGGAGAAUUGUGGAUAAACGGCAAGACAUAACUCCACGUAACAAGGACAUGGACGUACACAACAUUGUGGGGUGACCAGUCGGCAGUCUGUGUGAAUGCGAAACUGAUGUUUAAAGUAAGAUAAGUAAACAGUGUUGUGGAGAAAUGCAGAGCAACAAGACAUGAAACUCUCAUAACAUCAACAUAAACAUGGAUGCACAUACUGUGGAGCGACCACCUCAGUUUACUAAAAUGUUAAUGGAUGGAAAAGAUGCAAUUUUGUCAAGAUUUUGUCAAAUGAAACUACAAUUUAAAACAUAAUUAAAAAAAUAUAUAUUAUGCAAAAAAGCAGAGAAACGACAAGAGCUGAUGCAGACUAGGCGGAAUAUAAAUAUAAAUCAUAAAGAACAUGCACACAAUACUUCGGAGUGACCGCCUGGCAGUCAACCAGAAGGCUACUGUAAGUGCUGUAAAAGUCACAAGUGCAUUUCUGGAUGAACAUUAACCAGUAUUACCUGUAUAUACUGUAAGAAUAUAUGUCAAUGAAAUGCACACAGCAUUGUGGCGUGACCUUUAACACCAUGCAGGGAACUUGACCACAACAUCCAGUAAGACUCCACCCUUUGAAUCACCUUUGUGUCUCAGUAUGUGCUGCUGUUUUGAUGAGCUUUGAGGAAUGAUUUGGCCAUUAUUUGAGGAAAUAUGCUAAUUCCCUGCAAGUGCAACAGGUAUUUGCUAUAAUGUAGCAAAAACUGCUUGAGUAAUGUUUUAUUACAAUUAUUAUUGGUAUUUACAACAUCAUUUUAACACCCAGGAGGCCAAAAAAACACCAACGCUAUUUAUGUGUUGCUGCUGUAAAGCAUCCAUAGCAACAGAAUCCUACAAAACCAUUCAUUUCAUUGCUCCCAGCAUGGCAACACGGCUUUGUUUCCGCAGUUUACAUUGAUGCAAAAGGGACCUGCCGUCUAUUCAAGGUCAGCCCUCCAGGAGUCGGCAGAGAAAAGUGUGCAGAUUUGUCCGUCUACGUCGCCGCGAGGGAUGCAGACGCUGAGAAGACUUAUCUGCUGUCAACUUGGCUCAGCCUA